AUGUUAAAAAAAAAAAUAGAAAAGUUAGGCCAAAUGACUAUUGAUCCUCCGGAUGAAUUAUCUAAAAACCAAGAAAUAGCAUGUGUAAUGGAAAUAAAAGAUCAUGAUUUAUAUCUAUGCAAAACAGCUAACGGGGAAACUCUUUUAGCAGAACUUCCCCCACGUUUUCGUUGUAAAAUAUGGGUUAGACGUGGGGGCUUUGUUGUUCUUAAUACACAAACAUUUGAUAAAAAAGAAUGUAAAAUACAGGCGGAAAUAUCUAUUGUUAUUCAAAAUGAAAAAAUAUGGAAAAAAAAAAAAUACUGGCCUGAUGUAUUUAAGGAAGAUAUAAACAUGAUGUCUAAUGCUGCUACAGCAUUUGAAAUAACACCAGAUGGAGAUUUAAUGAAAAAUCCAAAUCAACGACAAAUUUAUGUAGAAAGCAGUGAUAGCGAUGAUUGA